AUGUCGAACAACAACCACCUCCUGAUGAUCACUGGCAACCAUUCUAUGUUUCGUGCUGAUAGUGGCGGUAUCAUAAUACCUACUGUCAAGCGCUCUGAUUUUCCCAAGGAUUUCGUAUUUGGCGCUGCAACUUCGGCUUAUCAGGUUGAAGGUGCUUGGAAUGUACAGGGUAAAGGCAGGAGUAAUUGGGAUGUUUUCACAAUGUCCGAGCCUGCUGGAAUUGACGAUGGAAGCAAUGGGUGUACUGCUAUUGAUCAGUACAAUUUGUUCAAGGACGAUGUGGAUUUGAUGAAGAAACUGGGUUUAGAUUCUUACAGAUUUUCAAUUGCAUGGACUAGAAUCUUGCCAGGAGGUAGAAUAUGUAAAGGUAUAUGCAAAGAAGGAAUUAAGUACUAUAAUGAUCUGAUAGACAUACUCUUUGCAGCAGGCAUAGAGCCCUGCGUAACUCUAUUCCACUGGGAUGUUCCUGAAUGUUUGGAACUAGAAUAUCAAGGCUUCUUAAGCGAUCAAAUUCUGCAAGAUUUUCGUGAAUUUGCUGAGGUCUGCUUUUGGAAUUUCGGCGAUCGAGUGAAACGUUGGAUAACACUGAAUGAGCCAUGGUCCUUUACUGUUCAAGGAUAUGUGUAUGGUAAUUUUCCUCCUAAUAGAGGUGGAACUGCAAAUCUGGAUGCGGGCAUUAUCAGUCUGAUCAACUUCCCCAUACAUAGAUCAAGAAGUGGGGCCCCAAUUCCUACCAAAGACGGAAAUGCAGGAACAGAACCAUAUAUUGUGGCACACCAUUUGAUCCUUGCUCAUGCAAAUGCUGUUGAUAUAUACAGGACAAAAUAUCAGGGAACUCAAGGAGGACAAAUAGGAAUGACAAAUGUCGCAGCUUGGUAUGAGCCUCUUACUGACAAGAGAGAGGAUGUAGAAGCUUCUUCAAGGGCCCUCCAAUUUAUGCUGGGAUGGUUUGUAGAACCAAUGGUAACAGGUGAAUAUCCACCAGCUAUGAGAGAAAAUGUAAAAGAACGUCUUCCUAAAUUUACAGAUGAUCAAGAGAAGCUCGUGAAAGGAUCAUAUGAUUUUUUAGGCAUAAAUUAUUACACCGCUUAUUAUGUUGUUGAUUAUCAUAUUCUUGGACCACCAAAUUACGUGACAGACCAGGGAAUUAAGCCUUUGACUGAACGUGAUGGGGUACCAAUUGGUCGAAAGGGCGGUUCCGAUUGGUUGUACAUUGUUCCUUGGGGAAUUUUCAAUCUCAUGAGUUAUGCAAAGGAAACAUAUCACGACCCUAUCAUUUACAUUACAGAGAAUGGGGUGGAUGAAAAGAACAAUAAAAGCAAAAAUAUUGCAAGUUGUCUUUCUGAUGACAUAAGGAUUAAAUAUCACAAUGACCAUCUCUGGAACCUUAAAAUGGCGAUGGUGCAAAAGAAUGUGCAUGUGAAGGGUUACUCCGCAUGGUCAUUAUUUGACAAUUUCGAAUGGUGCGAGGGAUACACAGUUAGAUUUGGCAUUUUCCUAGUAGACUUUGAGAAUGGCCGUUUGACAAGAUUCCCGAAAAGUUCAGCUCUAUGGUGGAUGCAAUUCCUUGACAAGCAUCAGACAAAGAACCAAGCUCAAGAAACUGAAUGGUGGAUGCAAUUCCUUGACAAGAAUCAGACAAAGAACCAAGCUCAAGAAACUGAAGAAGGACGUCAAGGCUCUGGGAAAAGGCUAAGAAUUGCUGCUUAA